CGUCGGCUCUUUCGUCAUAAUAUCACCUAGCAGCAAAAUACAUUUAAGCACAACAAAGAAACAUUAAUGCUGUUUUAAAAAAAGAAAAACGUAUAAUUAAAAAUUUUCGAGUAAAAAUUCAGUUUUUUAAUAUAAUAACAAUAAAAUAAUUCAAAAAAUAAAAAGAAAUCGUUUCGAAUGUGCGGCCGCGGAACCUCGGAUUAAAUUGAGCUGUUUCCAGGUUUUUGUUUUGAUGGGAAAAUGUGUUAGCAUUCAGAACAUAAAGCAUCAUGGCCAUCUCCAUCGCUGUUCUGGACUGUGACCUUCUCCUCCACGGUCGAGGUCACAAAACGCUGGACCGCUUUGACCUGGAUUCGGUCUCGGACAGUUUCCUCCUCACGCAUUUUAGCUUCCCGAGAGACUUCAUCCUGUAUCUGGUGGAGCUGCUCAGAGAGGCUCUCGGGAGACGAACGCAGAGGUCCAGAGCCAUCAGUCCUGAGGUGCAGGUCUUGGCUGCGCUUGGCUUCUACACGUCUGGCUCUUUCCAGACCUCCAUGGGGGACAUCAUAGGAAUCAGCCAGGCGUCCAUGUCCAGAUGUGUUUCCAACGUGACCAAAGCCUUGGUGGAGAAAGCCCCGCAGUUCAUCACCUUCGAUCGAGAGCCGUCCAGCAGAGAACAGUCCCUCCAGGAGUUUCAGAGGGUUGCAGGAAUUCCAGGUGUUCUCGGGGUGCUGGACUGCGUUCAGGUGGCCAUCAAAGCUCCAAACAGCGAGGACUCCUCAUACGUCAACAAGAAGGGAUUUCACUCUGUGGCUUGUCAGCUGGUCUGCGACGCCCGAGGUUUGCUGCUAAGCGCAGAAACGCACUGGCCCGGCGGACUCCACGACACCGAGGUUCUGGAAAGAUCCGCUCUCUACAAGCAGCUGCAGGACAGCGAGGAGGGCUGGCUCCUGGGCGACGGCCGCUACCCUCUAAGGAAAUGGUUAAUGACUCCGGUGGAGGCCCCCGAGUCCCCCGCAGAGUGUCGCUAUAACCUGGCUCACACAGCCACCCAUGAGAUCGUGGACAGAACCUUCAGAGCCAUCCAGACCCGAUUCAGAUGUUUGGAUGGCACUAAAGGAUAUCUGCAGUACUCCCCGGAGAGGAGCUCGUCCAUCCUGCUGGCGUGCUGCGUCCUCCACAACGUCUCCCUGCAGUCCGGACUGGACGCCUGGACCCUGGAGCGGACCGAGCCCCUGGAGGAGCACAGGGACCCCAAGCAGAGGCCGGCGGACGACGAGGCGGAGGAGCUCCGCAAGCAGCUCAUCCUCAAACACUUCAGCUGACCCCAAGACGCGCACAAAAGAGUCGGACAGCCGCUUUGCUGAUGCAGGUUUUUUUAAUAUUUUGCUUGUUUCUACUCUACUGGCUAUACUAAGAUAAAAUACUGGAAUAUGGAGGAACAUGCAGGACACUAUACAACAACAACAAUCCAAACCACAGAGCUCCCGGGGUGCAGCCGCUGCUGUCUCUUCUCCACCCACACACGGUCCACAGGUGAAAAUCUUUAUGUCACAAUACAAAAACAAGGCCCUUAUAUACAAGAAGUCCACAUGAAGCGGUCGACAUUUAUGUACACGGGUGCAGAAAGACAACAAACGGGACUUUUGAGGAAGAAAAGUGGAAAACCUCUUUGAGUUUGUGUUUUAUUUUGAAAGAGUAUCAGAAAUUCUACUUCCUUUUUGCUUCUGGAGGAGAUUUUUUGGUUUGGGCUAGUGGUCAAAAUGUUCCAUCAGAGUAGUAGUAGUGGUGUUUAACGGCUGCUUUCACUCAUCAGUAUUUACAAACUUUCUACAAACACGGAAUGAAUAAAUAAAACACACACUGCUGUCACACCAACACAAUGAAGAGCAGUGCUUUUUUCAUCCUCCACAAACUCUUCUUUUUUUUAAUUAACAUUUUGUCAUUUAUUUUGUGAUAAAUUGACGCUUUUUUUGGACCAAAAAUGUAGACGUUUGAAAGCAAAAAGUGAAAAAAGAUCAUGUUAACAUGUAAAACGGAACACUUGAAAUGUCCAAAAAAAGAAAAAGCUCUUUUUUUGAUGCUCUAAAUAUAUUAAAAGUUGUAUUUUU